AUUGUACAUACAUGGGCUAUUUUUUACCGUUAAUGGAGUGCGGGCUAUACAUAAAUCAAUGGUCAGAAAUUGCUCCCACGCAAUUAUAAAAUGGUAUUGGAGUAUGAAGAUUGGUUAGGGCAGGUAAUUGAAAUUAAGAUAUGUUAAAGAUUCGAUUAAUUCUUGUAUAAUACAAAAAAAAUAGAAUGAAGAAAAAAAAAACUAGAAUUGGAAAAAUAAUGUGAUGUGGAGGGUGGGGUACGUGGUACUUUGCUGACGUGGCAUGAACUGAUUGGAAAAAUGUAUGAAGCGCUUCUCGCCAACCAUUCCCUUCCCGCCUCGUAAAAGAAGAUGAAAAGAAAGCAAAGCAGCAUAUCCUCUAAAAUUCCUUCUCCUUCCUCGUUUCUUCCUCCUAUCCUAUCCCACCUCUGAAUUCUAACAAAAAAAACUCUUCGUUUACUUAGCUUCAAUUCAGCUAGCCAUGGCCAAUGCUGUGACUAUGGGAGCGAGGUCACUCCCUUCCCACUCCGCACGUGUCAAUUCCCACGUGCCAUUCUCUCCCCCUCUCUCACUGGCAGCUUCCACCACCACCAGCAGCCACGGCUUCUUCCUCAAGCUUAAUUUACACUCCGGCCACUGCCACCGCCCAAAUCAAACGACACCGGCCAGGGCGUCGUAUGAGGAAAGAAACAGCCUCGUCCCUUCCGACGACGCUGAAGAUGGCGUCUUGCUUGGGACCAUGAAAUUGCCCUCGGAUACCGACGUUCCCAGAUUCCAGAUCUUGCUCUUCCAGUGGGCUAAUAGUCUCGCCCAAGGAGCUAACUUGCCUCUCCCUUCGCCUUUAAAGGUGGACAAAAUUGCAGGUGGGACUAGAUUGGGUUUUAUUACAAUUGGGGACGGGGAGACUGAGGUCCUUGUGUACAUAGAUUGCUUGGUUUUUCCAGCAGACGCUGAUUCUGGGCCGAUUUUCCGAGCUGUGAGAAAUGGACGCUUGAAGGAUAAGACGCCUCCUGGUGAGCCAAGAAUCAUGAGAAGUCUUAUGCAGGCUCUUCAGAAGUCGGUUGAAAUCGCUAGAGUGUAAACAAGUUUGCCAUAUAUUUGUGAUUAUAUGCGCUUUCUUAUGUAAUGCAAAUAUUUGUACUUUUCUUAAGUCCAAAUAAAUUUGGUCUCAGUGAAAGUUUGGUUUCAGCAAACAGAUCAUAGUUCUUGUUGUUUGUACAUUUUUAUGCUGUCGUGACCGAAGUCAGUUGAAAUCGCUAGAGUGUAAACAAGUUUGCCAUAUAUUUGUGAUUAUAUGCGCUUUCUUAUGUAAUGCAAAUAUUUGUACUUUUCUUAAGUCCAAAUAAAUUUGGUCUCAGUGAAAGUUUGGUUUCAGCAAA